ACUUGCAUCCCUUCCCCCGCACCCCCUGACCUGACCGCCCUCGCGUCCGCGUCCAAAUCCAUUCCCACCCCACCACCACCGCCUCCGCCCUCCGCCAUGGAUCCCUUCCACCACCUCAACACCUCCUUCUCCAACCCCUACCACCCGUUGCUCUCCUCCCCGCCCCACCACCCCCACUUCCCUCCCCUCCCGCCCCCGCCCCCGCCGCUUCCCGAGGCCGCGCCGCAGCAGCUGCAGUCCUCCGCGAGCCUCGAGCGGGAGCGCCUGCCGCAGUGGUCGCACGCCGAGACAGCGGCGUUCCUCGCCGUCCGCGCCGAGCUCGACCACUCCUUCCUCACCACCAAGCGCAACAAGGCGCUCUGGGAGUUCGUCUCCGCGCGCCUCCAGGGGCAGGGGUUCGCCCGCACCCCCGACCAGUGCAAGUCCAAGUGGAAGAACCUGGUCACCAGGUUCAAGGGCACCGAGGCCGCCGCCGCCGCCGCCUCCGGGCACCCGGCGCCGGACGCCGAUCAUGCGUCCGCUGCGGCGGCCGCGCAGCAGGCGAGGCAGUUCCCGUUCCACGACGAGAUGAGGAGGAUCUUCGACGCUAGGGUCGAGCGGGCGCAAGCAUUGGAGCGGAAGAGGGCGAAGGGCAAGGACGUGCAGAAGGAGGACGACGAAGGCGGUGGCGAGGGGGAAGACGACGACGACGAGGAGGAGCUCGAGGCGGAGAUGGGCGAGGAGGAAGCCGGCAGCAGGGUGCCCGCGGAGGCGAGGGGCGGCGGCGGGGCGAAGAAGCGCAGGCGGAAGCACGCUGCGGCAGCGGCGGCGGCCCGGGCUAGAACUGCGGAUCAGGGCGAGGUGGAGGCCAUGCUACGGGAGUUCAUGCGGCGCCAGGUGGAGAUGGAGGAGCGCUGGAUGGAGGCGGCCGAGGCGCGCGAGGCCGAGCGCCGCGCCCGCGAGGAGGAGUGGCGCAACGCCAUGGUCGCGCUCGGCGAGGAGCGGCUCGCGCUCGUGCGCCGCUGGCGCGAACGCGAGGAGGCGUGGCGCGCGCGCGCCGAGGAGCGAGAGGAGCGCAGGCACCAGCUCGUCGCCGCACUGCUCGCCAAGCUCGGCGGCGGCUCCUCGUGAUCAAUCAACAAUCCUCGUCCAUCCAUACAACAAACUCACCGGAGCAACGAUGUUUCACCGCGAAGCGCGCGCGCAUCGGCCGGAUAGCUACCUGUAGAUGAUCACUAGUGAUCGAUCGAUGGUCUUUAUUGAUUAGGGUUUUUCUAGACAUCAGCUAGUGAGAGCAGGCCAGGAAAGAGGUGUACAUGUUCAGGUGGUGAAAAAAGGGUUUAUUGCAGGUCAUGCGAUCUUUGUUUAUAGCCACAGCCAUUAGCUAGCCGCUCUGGUGGUCUAGUCUCACCGGUCUGGUCUCAUCAGCUUCAGGAGCUAGCUGAGCUUUCUGGCUUUCGACAAGUGCAUGGCUGCAUCGUCCCCUUGCAUGAUCAUCAAUCGAUGUGCCUUCUCCUUCUUCAUAGAUCUCCCUCUUCUUUUGAAGCUGAUCUGUAGGAUCUCCCA